AUGAAGACGAAAUCGGAGACAGUAACACUUGUGCUCGUGAAUCUGGCAAGCAUUAUGCAGAGAGCAGAUGAAUCAUUGCUGCCAGGAGUGUACAAAGAGGUUGGUGCAGCUCUGAAUGCUGACCCCACUGCGUUGGGUUCACUCACUCUGUUCCGAUCACUGGUGCAAUCUCUGUGUUACCCUCUUGCAGCUUACCUUGCUAUGCGUCACAAUCGUGCACAUGUCAUAGCUCUCGGUGCUUUUCUUUGGGCUGCUGCUACAUUUCUCGUUGCCAUAUCCUCCACCUUCUUACAGGUGGCAAUUUCAAGAGGUUUAAAUGGGAUAGGACUUGCUAUUGUUAUUCCGGCGAUUCAAUCACUGGUUGCUGACUCAACAGUUGAUAGCAACCGUGGUAUGGCUUUUGGGUGGCUGCAACUAACAGGAAACUUUGGAAGCAUCAUUGGUGGGCUCUUCUCGGUACUUAUAGCAUCAACCUCAUUUUUGGGUGUACCUGGUUGGAGAUUAGCUUUUCAUUUGGUUGCUUUAAUCAGUGUUAUAGUUGGUAUAUUGGUACGCCUCUUUGCUAAUGAUCCACACUAUUCAAAGAACAAUGGCAAAGCAACAUAUGAAGCUCCAAGCAAGUCCUUUUAUUCUGAAAUGAAAGGUCUAAUGAGAGAAGCAAAGUCAGUUAUUGGAAUUCCAACGUUUCAGAUAAUUGUGGCUCAGGGAGUGUUUGGAUCGUUCCCUUGGUCAGGCUUGUCAUUUGCCACUCUUUGGUUAGAACUAAUAGGAUUUUCCCAUGUCACAACAGCAAUCCUUUGGACACUAUUUAUAGUUGCUGCUUCAUUUGGUUCUCUGUUUGGAGGAUGGAUGGGAGAUUUUUUAUCCCUAAGGUUUCCCAACUCUGGGAGAAUAAUUUUGUCACAAAUAAGCGCUGGUUCAGUCAUUCCUUUAGCAGCAAUUUUGCUGUUGGGAUUGCCUGAUGAUCCUUCAACAGCCUUCAUGCAUGGUCUGGUUUUAGUCAUCAUGGGAUUCACCUCAGCUUGGAAUGCUCCAGCAACUAACAACCCAAUAUUUGCAGAAAUAGUUCCUGAGAAAUCUCGGACAGCUAUAUAUGCUUUGGAUUGUUCAUUUGAGUCUAUAUUGGCGUCCUUUGCUCCUCCUAUUGUUGGAGUUUUGGCUCAGCGAGUUUAUGGAUAUAGACCAAUCCCAAGUGGGUCCUCUGAUUCUGUGGAGAUUGAAACAGACAGGGAAAAUGCUGCAUCACUCGCCAAGGCACUUUAUAUCGCAAUUUUAAUUCCAAUGUCAAUCUGUGUCGCAGUUUACUCAUUCCUUUAUUGCACAUACCCGAGAGAUAGGGAGCGAGCAAGAAUGGUUUCAUUAGCGGAAUCAGAAAUGGAGCAGCUAGAAGUUGAAGACAACACAACAGAAAAAUCUUGCGAAAUUCAUGUUUUACACUCAGAUGGUAAAGAAAGUAGCAUUGAUUAUACAAGGGCAGAGAGCCUAGACUUCGACGAUAACGAUGGGAAGGUUUUGUUGUCUCGGUAG